AUGGCAGCUGUUUUGCUGUGGUUUUUAUGUGCAACCACUCUCACUCUCAGUUCAUGUAUGGGAUACAAACACAUGGACCUUUGCAAUGGGAAAGAUGAACAUGAACUUCUAGUAUUUAAGCAAAGCAUCAACGACCCCUUGAAGUGGCUCUCAUCAUGGUCCACUGAAGAAGAUUGUUGCAAUUGGAUUGGUGUUCAUUGUGACAGCAUCACAGGUAGAGUCUCAAAGCUUGACCUUCGUUGUCCACUUGGUGAUAUUCAAUGUUUAGAGGGUGAAAUAAACUUUUCUUUAUUGUUCAAACUCGAAUUCCUAAGCUUCUUGGACUUGAGUUUUAAUAACUUUAAGACUAUUCAUUUACCACCUAUUCAUUCUGUCAAUUUCUCCAAUCUCCUAUAUUUGGACUUGUCAAUGAACUAUAAUCUCCACAUGGAGAAUCUUGGGUGGCUGUCAUGUCUUUCAUCUAUAAAAUAUCUAAACCUGAGUGGUGUAUUUCUCAAGAAUGAAACACUUUGGCUUCAACAAAUGACUAUGCUCCCUUCACUCAUGGAAUUAAGGCUGAGUGGUUGUUCCCUCAGUGGUGACAAUCUUUCUCUUGGGUAUGUCAAUUUUACUUCACUUGUAGUUCUUGAUGUUUCCAACAACUCUUUCCACUCUAAGGUACCCAAGUGGCUAUUUAAUCUUCAACAUUUGAGGUCUUUAAUUUUGGGAAGCAAUAGUCUAAAAGGACAUAUUCCCAAAUGGAUGGGUCAAUACAAGCGUUUAGAGCAGCUUGAUCUUUCUAACAAUUUGUUGUCUGGUCCCAUUCCUUCAACCUUUGGAAAUCUAUCAUCAUUGAAAUCCCUGGAUGUUAGUUUUAAUUACUUGAAUGGUAGUCUUCCAAGAGAUAUUUGGAAACUUUCCAAAUUGGAGGUUUUAUCCAUUGGGUAUAACUCCUUUUCAGGCAUCAUAUCUGAGCUUAGUUUGACAAACCUUUCAAACUUGAAGUCAUUAAGCCUUGACUCCUCUGAUUUUAUUUUUGAUUUGGGGUCCCACUGCGCUUGA